GCUGACAAAAUCUUCGCCAGAGUGUUGUAGGUACAUGAUGAACAGAUAAAAACUCGUUUUACGAAAUUUUUAAGGAAUGGAAAAUGUACUAUAUAUAUAUAUAUAUAUAUUUUUAAAUAAAUUAUACAUACGUUCCGAGAGUUUCCUAGCUUUUGAUUUUAUGUUCCUCUGUUUACAUUGCUUUUUUGAAGACUACCACUAGCAAGUCUGUCUACAGCACAGUAGGAAGCGGAAGUUAUAAUUGCUGUUCUUAAAUUUGCUUGCGAUCUUCGAUAGUAAAAUUCAAUAAAAAAAAAGUUUCACUUUUUUUGACUGGAUGAAUCAAGAAUUUACCCAGAUGUGAAUAGUGUAAACAAGACCAACAGUUCUUUUUCUACCUAUGACCGUUCCUAUAACUAUAACUUUUAUUUUCAUUUAAGCGCUUUUUGGACUCAUUUAAAAUGAAAAUUCUAUAUCUCGUCAAUUUUGUUUUACAAUUGCUCGGUAUCAUCAUAUUCCUAAUUGGGUUUUUCCCUCACAAAAAUGAUUCAACAGGAAUUGCUGAAGGCAACCCGUACACACCUGCUGCUGUGAUCGAUCGUGUUGUUUUUAUAGUUGUUGAUGCAUUCCGCUCCGAUUUUCCCUUUUCUGGAUCUUCUCACAUGCCGUUUCUGCAAUCCAUUAUCUUUAAUACCACCCAUGGGUUAGGCUUUUCAUCGUACGCUAGAUCCCCUACAGUAACGAUGCCUAGAUUGAAGGCACUUACGACAGGAACUGUUCCAGGGUUUUUGGAUGUUUUGCUUAAUAUAGCGGAAUCCGAAGCCACCUCAAGUCUAACCGGCCAAGAUAGCUGGCUGCACCAACUGAAAACUCACGACAAAAAGAUUGCAUUCUAUGGAGACGAUACAUGGCUUAAGCUUUUUCCGAAAGCUUUUACUGACUAUGAAGGAACUACUAGCUUUUAUGUUGCUGAUUAUACAGAGGUUGAUAAUAAUGUUACUAGACAUUUCGACCAUUUGCUUCCUUCUUCAUUUGAUACACUUUCGUGGGACACAUUAAUUCUUCACUAUCUUGGUGUAGAUCAUAUUGGUCAUUUCCAGGGCCCAUCUAGUCCCUUAAUGAUUACCAAGCUAAAGGAGAUGGAUGAUAUUGUUGCUUCUCUAUACCAUUACCUAGAGAAAUACGAUAAGCUUACCAACAGUCAUUCUAUGAUUUUUUUGGUCGGUGAUCAUGGCAUGAAUGAGUUAGGAAAUCAUGGAGGCUCUUCAGUAGGUGAAACAACUGCAGCCCUUUCUAUGUUAUUCCCCUCUUUAAACGUCUCUAAAAAGAAGUACGUUCACGAACCGUCUCCGGAAAAUCCAUACCAACUCAUGCCUAUGGUUGAGCAAGUUGAUAUCGUUCCUACAUUAUGCUUACUUUCAGGUAUUCCAAUACCGAAAAGUAGUGUUGGACGUAUUGUCUCUCCUGCUAUUCAGCUUUGGGAGUCAAAUGAUGAAGCAAAGAAUGCUUUAUUGAGCAACCUAUACCAAUUGCUAUCACUCAAGCACUCUCCUGAAAAAACUCUCGAAGCUGUAAUUGAAUACAAAAAAUUAACUAAUAAUGAAAUAAUGGAAGCUUUGCAACGAAUUCAGCAAGAACUCGUUGUCAAAUCGUCUGAUUACUCGUUAAGGAAAAUGGCUUUUGGAAUUACGAUAUUAGGAUUAUGCACAAUAUUUAAUUUCUUUUUUACCGUUAUGGAGUACUCUGUUAUUGACAUAUUGCACUUUACUCCUUUCGUCGUUUUGACAAUCGUUUACAUGUUUUCAAGCAGCUUCAUUGAAGAAGAACACGUCCUCUGGUAUUUUUCAUGUCUUUCUUUAAUAUUUUUCCAAGUACUUAAUGAGGCCUCACUAUUAACUACUGGUUACCAAUUGUGCUUGCUCGGCAUUAUCAUUAGAUGGAAUCAAACAGGUCAAAAGCAUGCCGGUCUUCGUGAUUUGGUCGAUGAUUUUAUAUCUCCAAAUCCUUUUCUUAAAGCUGUACUAUGUAUUGGUUCCAGCUUUAUACCCUCUUUCCGUUCACCUUCUCCGUUCUCAUUUCUUUCUUCAUUUUUGAUUGCAACAUACAAAAUUUUGUCAGAUGGUUCCAUUCAAAUUCCUUUAGUAUACUCAACAAAUUCAAUUGAUCGAAUAUCGAUUGUACAAGUAGUUUGGUGCACUUUAAUUGCUGGUGCAUUAGCGUCACCGCAUUUCAAGAAUAUUCGCUGCCAGUUGUCACUGUUUCUUUUGCUUUUGACAAGGAUAGAGAACAUGGGCCUUUACAUAAUUUACGACGUAUUACAAAGAACAUUCCCAAAAGAAGGUAACUACGCUUAUUUAUUAUACUUUCUUAUGGAGCCAGUGGCUUUUUUCUCUCAGGGUAAUUCAAAUUCUCUGGCAUCAAUUGAUUUAUCACAAGCGUAUACAGGGAUAAGAUCUUACAGUAUUUAUUCUGUAGGAAUUUUACUGUUUUGUUCUACCUUUUCAGGACCAUUAUGGUGGAGCUUUCACCAACCUAAGGAUUCCAUAAAAAAAUGGGUUCGCCCAAGUUUUUUCUUUUCAAGCUUUGCUUUAUUUAUUUUAUCUCUUUCUUGUUAUUUCUUUCGAUAUCAUUUGUUUAUUUGGAGUGUAUUUUCCCCUAAACUCUUAUACCAGGUUUCUUGGACGAUAUUGUACGGGCUCACCAAGUUUUUGCUUCAGACUCUGCUAGUAUUGUUAGCUUAAAAGGAACCCCUAUAAUCUGCAGAGUACUGUACCCUACAUAUGAAGAUGAUCUCUCACUAAACAAUGGUUGCUCAUCACUUUCUCAGUCGCCGAUCUCUGCAUAUGAGGCAUGCUUUAUGGUAACCAUGUCAAAGAUGUUAAUUUAAAUUACGAUUAAAGAUACAAUUUAAUAGAUAUUAGCUAUACGAGUAAACAAAGCAGUGAGGUUUGUUACGUUGGAUUUUCUGUAUGAUGAAUCUAUAUAGGAAAUGUUUUCGAUCAUCUCAUUAGGAUGAUUCGGUUACCGGGCAAGUAACAAUAUCUGAAAUCCUGAUCAGUGAAUUGCAUUUUUUAAUUGCUUACUGCCAAAUGUUUCUUUCAAUAUUUUUGCCCACUGCCAUUGUUCUGAGUCAUCUGUCCUUGGAUAAAAUAUAUACGAUUGAGUGGACGAGAGAUUGGAGGGUCAAAUUGAAUAAAAAUGCUUUUUAAUGAAAAAACGUGGUAAUCUGGCAUCGCUGGAGAGUCGGAGAACUCUAGAAAACUACUCAAAAUUGCCAAAGGCUUACUUACGAAAAGCUCACUUUUAUAUUUGGAAUUCUUUAUCAGAUAAACCAAAUUUAUAAUUUAUGAACCAAUAUCCCAAUGAUUUUUAAUUAAUAGCUGGUUAUGCUAUCGUUCUUUUACUUUUGUCUCCUCUUUCAUAUGACCCUAAGGCAUAUCGUUUAAGCAUCAAUCGAUCAAAAUCCUUCUGUUUAAGAAUAUUGAUUGUUUUCAUUGCUUAUUCUUCCUAGUCUGCUGAUAAAGCUGUCUUUGUUGACACCUGUAGCAGCAUAUUUCCGGCUAUUCCAUAUGUGUUUAUGGUAAUGCAGGUAUGAUCAACGCGCAAUUCGAAUUGUAAUUGUUACUGCACAUGGUCCAAACUGAUUAAACUGGCUUUUUUAGGUCAUUCUUUCUUUACAUUUUCGAUACCGAAGUUAUUGCGCUUCAAAUCUUGCGUAAGUUGUGAAGCAAAGUACAAAAUACUCUCUGUUGAUUAGGAAUAAGAUGUAAAAGCAUCUUAUUCAGAUAGAAUUGGUAUACUCAUCUUCUCACUGUACUCAAAGAUUGUUUUGGUGUGAUCAAAUUCAUUGCUUGCACUUGAGUAUAGUUUCCUAUUUCAGGUAGAGCUUUCAUUUGACAUUCAUGAAAGCUUCACUUCUUGUGGUAAAUACUUCCAAAUGAUCUUUUCUAUCCGAUAUUUAUACAGAUGUUAUAUGUAAGUUAAGACAAGUAGAUCAUGUUUAGGUGUUUCGCGAAGUUGAACUUUCAAUACUAUACGAAGCUAUACACAUCGACAAAACCGUAGCUUGUCCUAUCAAUUCAUACAUUGUACAUAUACAAGUUGAAAAUCUCCUAAUCAAAUCGGUUAUCCGAAGUGUUAUAAUUUUAGAUCAUUAUUCGGUUUUGUAUCAAACAAAGUACGCCAAUGGGAGUUAGAUUGAACUGCGUUGGUAUCUUAGUUUAUAGCUCAAAAACGAUUCGGAUAGGGCUUAAAUAGUUAGAUAAUCUCCGCUAUGGUUGGUAGGCUAAAAGACCCUUUGAGCAAGGCUAUGAGAAAGCUCCUUUUAAAAUUUUGACUAAUAAACUCCCAAGAUCUUUUACUUAAUAUUUUUUUGUAU